GAAUCAAAGCCUCAGCAUAUGCAGCACUCACAUUGCCGACUCUUAGAACUCCCCCGAGAACCUCGAGAUGAGAUCUACUCCUGGGUCCUAGCCUCUACACGAGUCACUUUUGGGGAAAUGCCUGGAGUAUAUUACGGGAUCAAACUAACUAUCAACAAGAGCCACCCGUAUUCCCUCGCACUCUUAUACACUUGCCGACAAAUAAAAGCAGAGGUCAGAUCGCAUUGGAUUAGUUGGGUUGUCUUUAACUUUCAGACGCCCGAAUCGCUGCUAGAUACACUUACAAAACUACCCACUGUCAAGGUUGCAGCCAUCCGCCAUAUUCGGGUCAACGGCCGUCCUGUCAUGCUAUCAUUAGCGCAUGAUGAUGUCUACUAUAGACUUGCUUGGAGCUUGAAGCUGGUGCCACAUCUUCAGCUUGACACACUUACUGUCCUUGGUGGUAGUGCUAACAACAUUUCCGGAGGGCCAGCGCAAGUUGACUACAACACACUUGAUGGCCUGAUUGCGUCGGGAACUGGAUGGAAGGAGCUUUACUACAUCACCCCCAAUUCGUCUAUUCUCAGCUUCCAGAAAACCGAGCGCUUUGGACAGACGUACCUUCGCAAGCCUCAGCCGGAUACAUGGAGAUCGGCGCUUUCUCAACGAGACGGGCCUGACUCGGGAGCUUCAGUGAUAAUUUACCGAUCAAGGACUAGUAUUCCAGGAUCGAUAGUCAACCACAUUGAGCGAGAGACCUUUGAACAAGUUGUUGCCCCACAAGAUCUCGAAGACUUCGCAAUAGAGAAAGACCCAGUCCUCACCUCACCAAGCGAGCAACACAAAGAAGUAUUUGUUGUUGUCAAACGGGGCCGGGAUGCAAAUAUAACAGAGGCCUCUAUGCCCCCCUACAAUCAGGACUAUGGCAUACGUGCCUUGGCUCUCAACAUGACUUGGGCCCAAGUUCGGGAAUACUAUACUGAAGGCGGGGACAACGACGAUGAGUCUAGUUUCGACGGCCCCGGUUUACUCAGCACAUCAGUCAGCCUGGACACUUAUGGAUGCAACGCUCACGAGAUUGACUGGGCUGAUAGCAGAGAUCUGGAGAUCGCUACCAGAGGCGGGCAAUCAGAGGACUGGGACGAGUGUACAGUUGCAGAUCUACUCCGAUCGCGCUUUGUCUAGAUUUAAUUAUGGAUUAGGGCAAAGCAGCAAUUACACAGUUGCUCGACAGAUUUUCCUCGCACAGUGGGAUUCCGUGAGAUUAGAGAAUGGCGCUUCUGUUGUGCUCGUUGGUGUAAGGGGGAGCGCAGCUUCAAAUCUAUGGUCGACCCUAAACCCUUCAUAAAGUCAUAAGUCAACGGUAACACCUAUCAUCAGAGAUAAGAGCAGUACUGCUUGUCGCUAGU